UUGGCAGCUCCCGGCCAGUGCUCUCAUAUUCACAUUAGUACUACUGUGCAGCUUCACAUAAACAGAACAAAAUGCUCAGCUGGCCCGACGGCAGCGGAGGGCCGUAACUUCGUGACACUCUUGGACCCUCUUUUACUGGCAUGCUCGUCUGUACUUUGCGGCAGAACGUUUAGGAACCACCACAGCCAAAAAAUGAGAGACAUCCAUAAGAGGAAGUUUGCAGAGGUAGAAGAAGAUCCCUGCUACUCCCCCUCCUCCUCCUCCUCCUCCUCCUCGACCUCUUCCUCUCCAUCUUCUGUCUCGUCUCCCGCCUCCUCAGAGUGGGAGUCCGACGGGGAGGGGAGCUCAUCUGUAAACCAAGAUUUCACUCCUUUCAGUCCUACUUCAGCCUCCAGCUCACCCAUUUGGCCCAUCUUGAAGAAGCCGAAGCUCACAAAAACACUGAGCAGCGUUCGCUUCGACCAGGUGACAGAGUUCAGCUUUCCCCGCUGCCAGGGUUUCACCAGCGUCCCCAGCCGAGGGGGUGCCACCCUCGGCAUGGUGCGGAAACACAGCGCCCUCCGAAGGUACACCGUGGACGAGCAUGCACUGGAGCAGCGUAGCAGGCGCAAGGAGAGGCACAGAGAAAAACUGAGGCAACAGAGGUUUGAGGCACUGAAGCACAAGCUGAUCAUCAGUGGAGCUGUUGACCAAAAGGAAGCAGAGAAGCUGACGAUGGAUCAACUUCUGGAUGAAGACCCUGACCCGAUCCAAGUUAGUGAGUCUGACAUGGAAGACGGAGGCUUCCUUCAGCCAUUCUCUUCAAAACAGCGACAGGCUCUGCUCCUGGCAGCAGGGGUGAAAACCAUCGACAAGGAGGAGAAGAGGCAGCUUCACACUCUGCGGCUCUCCAGAGAGGCCUGUGGCUGUGACUGUCAGGGCUUCUGUGAGCCGGAGACCUGCGCCUGCAGUCAGGCAGGCAUUAAGUGCCAGGUGGACCGCCUGAACUUCCCCUGUGGGUGCACCAAGGACAGCUGUGGGAACGUGCAGGGGCGCAUCGAGUUCGACGGCAGGCGCGUUCGGACCCACUACAUCCACACAGUCAUGAGGCUGGAGCUGCGGAGGCGGCUGAAACGUGAAACGCUCAUCAGUGGGGAACAGGCAGGACUCUCCGAGGAGCUCCAAGAGUUUGACGAGCACGAGGAGGUCCGCGCUGAGCAGAGCGCCGAGGAGACCAGGUGUCCUUUCAGGUCCGGCUUGGAGGAGGAUCAUCUUCCUUUCACCAUGCCGGCUACUCCUCCCAGUCCGUUCCCCUGCGUCCCAGAGGGGUUGGCCAUGGAGGAGAACAGCUGCAGCAGCGACAUGUCUGAGUCCUCUCUCUCCUCCUCUGAAUGCGACGCAGGAGGAUUCUUCAGCGGGACUCAGAGUCCUCCUGACGUCGCCGCCGCCGAUGACAACUACUACUCGCGCAGCCAGGUUAGGCACAUGAUGGAACCCCUGACGCAGCACAGCUGCAGCUCUGCAACUACUGACAAUAAGAGACCGCACACGCCCAUCACGCUCACAGACAACAUGGAGCCCAGCAGGAACUAUCUCGAUGAGAACGCCAAUCAAUCCAGAGACUUUUUCAGCGAAGACUCUUUGGAGGACUUCCCUAACACCCCUUCUCCCACGGUGGACUAUUCCUUCAGUAGAUACAUGGACCUGAGCCUCUCCUCUGACUCCGACCUGGAGUUCUUCCACAGAGACUACCCCUCUGGACCACUGCACAGCUCCUUCAAAGACUACAGACACCCAGACACGUUUCAGCGCUUCCAGCUCUUCAGCUCUGUGAAUUUACCGCAGCAGGAGUCAAGCACCCAGCUCCUGGAGGCUCUGAUCGGCCUGACUGAAUCCGGCACAGAGCACAUGUAUUCAGUCACAGACACUCAGCUUUCAUAAGAAUUAAAUAAAUCACCCAGAGGAGUGCUUUGUUUUUUUAUAUAUUUAUUAUAAUUUUAAAGUACAAAAAUUUGUUUUUCAUAAUGGAUUUUUUGUUCCAUUUGAAAAUAAUUUGUCAUUUUCAAGAGAAACCACACUUGCAUAAUUAAUGCGUUUACUAAUUCCUUAACCUACACGAAAAUUGUACGUAGGAUGUAGUUUAUUUUCACCAUGACCAAUAAUAUCAAACUCUAGCACAAACUAGGUGUAGGAACUGCAAUACAGUAUAUAAUGAAGAGCACGCUGUCAUAGCAUAUUAAUAAAAACAGCAAGUCUGCUAGGGAACAGAGAAGAUGUCCGCAGGAUUUCAGCUCCCAGUUUGGGGAAUCCUUCUCAUAUUUAAUUUCCAGACCAUACCUUGAGUACCUGUUUACUGGGCCGAUAAAUGUAUUUAUUUAUUUAAUCGCAGAUUUUGUUUUUGUUUCAAUCAGUGGAAACAUCAUUAUUACGUGCUAAAAAUGAAGGGAGUUUACACAUCAGUGACUGAGUAAUAAUUAGUAUUUUAAUGGUAGCGGUUUCCCUUUAACUAUGGCUGCAUGAAAGCAGCCGUGUGUUUACCACCACAGGGUCCUAUAGAGUCCAUAUUUGAAGCAGACAUUUUUAUUCCACAUUACAGAAAACACAGCUCUGUGGUUUAGUGGGCAAUUACCAGUCGGGCCUUUCGAUGAGAUGCCAGUGAAACGGCAAAGAGUGACCAGAGUUGGUUCCUCUACUUUUUCACUACUGACCUACUUAUUUAAGCUCUUGUGUUUUAAAUGAAAGCAAUUGCAUCAUGUUGUACAUUUCACUUCAAAAGAAAAUGUUGUAAAUACCGUGACACUGUGGUAUUUCUGCUCAAGGUUAUCAUACUGUGAGAAUCUGAAGCUGGUAGCAAGCCUAGUUUCUGCUUUAGUCCCUGUAAUGCAUUCUGGUUAGUCUGUUUGAGCAAAACCAGAAACAAAUGCAGCUGGUGAACCUUUUUUUUUUUUUUUUGCAACAUGUCAAAAGUUGGCUGCUCUACGCUCUGUAGUUCCUCCUUUUUCAAUGCUCUGCCGCAACCAAACUGCUGUUAGAUUCCCAUCUUCGUUUUACCAUGGAUGCCAUGUUUACAGUAAUAUAUAAGAAAACCAGCUUCAGCUCUGUAUUAGUGGUGACUAUUGUCGUAGCUGUUUAACAAUUAAAUGGAUAGCAAUGGAUUUUAUAUGUCAUGCAUAAUGUUCAGAGAUUUUUUAAAUUAUAUAUUUGAAACAGAAAAAAUUGCCAAAUAUAAAUAUUGUACUAUUAUUAACUCAACAAUGAUUCAAUAAACUAAACGUGUUUGCUUUUUUA